GCGUGAGAGAAGGCCGCACCUCGAACUCCGCCUCUAUCGAGUUUUCCUUUGGCUCCAGAUGGCGCUGCGAUCGCGAUCCUAGCCGUUGCCGCGCUCCAACUCGACGUACACCUUCUAUUUUCUCGUACACGGGGGUCUUCUUACGAUUGCCAUUUUACGAUAUCCCACCUGAUAGACCCAUUCUUCGACCAAGAUAAGAGCAAAUUGUGCGAGUGUGUAAAUGACAGAAUAGAAGACCUCUCCGUUGUAUCCUGUUGGGCUUUCUAAACCUUAAACUCUAACAUAUCCGAAUAACACGUAACACCAAAGACUCGAACGGAGUUUCAACACGUUCUUGGAUGCCGCUCAACCGUCACCUGCCAACUAUUCUAAAGGUCACGAGUUCGCCAUUAGACCGGAUGACUUCUGGACACCGAAUUCGUCAAAGUUUCGACACGUCGGUUUGCGAUGUUCAGCGGGUUCCGGUCGACGGUCAAGCCAACGUCGAUUCGAUAGUUCGGGACGUUGCUGUGUUUGCCAAAAAGGAGGGAUGUUCGGUUUCACGGUGGUCCCGACCUGGAAUUAGUGGAACAAUUCAAAGCGGACUGCAGAGUUCGCGCUUCCUCGGCGUCGAGCUGGAUAAAUUAAGGCGGCCGAGGAGACGGAGCAGUUCCAUCGAAUCCGAGAUCCUUGUGUUAGAAUGACGGAUCCCUUCGAGGGACGAUUUAGUCUAUAGAUACCGAUCUCGAUGGGGUACCGGCCUCUCCUCUCCUAUCGCUGCAAUCUUAAGGCGACCAACUACCUUCUCACGUGGAUCGCUCUCUUUUAUUCUCACAAUAUCAACUGUAAUUCCUUUUGAAAUUAUAAUAAAAUUUGUAAAAUCA